AUGAGUGAUGUGUCUCUCAUUUGGAAGGCAAAUUUCUCUGAAAUGUUCAUUCUGCAAGAGAAAGCAGAUGUUCGGGGAGCCAUUGAGAAGGCAGCGAAAGGGCAGGACGGUGUUGCCAUGGAAACGAAUGAGCAAGCAAGCCUGUUUACUGGUGUUGAGUCAAGCAGCAUGCAGUGCCAUGUUGACUUUAACUGCAGUGCAGUGAGGAGUCAGACAGAUGCAGCCAUUAGCCUGUUUGAGCGUGUGGCCUACCCGCCUGUCUUCAUAGUUGGCCUUUCCUUCAACAUCACAGCUUUAUACCUCUUCUGCCGCAUCAAACGAUGGACCGACACUCACAUCUACAUGCUAAAUCUACUAGUGGCUGAUCUCCUAGCAAUCGUUUUCCUGCCCUUCAGGAUCCUGGAAGCCUUUUGUCAAAUAAAGCCGACCAUAUUGUGCACGUUCCUGCUGUGCACCCAAUACUCCAACAUGUACUGCAGUAUGUUCACCAUCACAGCCAUCAGCGUUCACCGCUUUAUAUCCGUCAGGUUUCCAUUUCUGACCAAAUCGCUGGUGUCUAAAAGUAAAGCGAUCGCCAUCACAAAGUGCAUCGUCAUCUGGAUUAUCAUCGCGGUGAUCUGCGCUAGCAACUAUCGUGAUCUUAUGCCAGACAAUUUAGACGGCUGUUAUGAUCUAAAUCUGACCAGAAAGCUUCGAAAGACGUUUCUCUUGCUUUUGGAGAUUUUAGGAUAUCUCAUUCCAGUGGUGAUCAUCAUAUUUUGCUCCACACAAACCGUCUACAUACUAAUCAGAUCGCUUCAGCAUGUGGAGGGAAGAGAUCGAGCGGAGAGGAAAAAAAUCACUGCUAUUAUUGCUGCCAACAUGUUCACGUUCAUAGUCUGCUUCACGCCGGUUCAUAUCGGACUUUUGCUGCAAUAUUUAUCAGAUGAGAAUGGCAAAAAUUUUAUACACGUGUUUCUUGAUGUUGCUGAGUGGAUCGCCACUACAAACUGCUGUCUGGAUGCUAUUGGAUAUUACUUUCUGCUGAAGAGAAUUCAUAAAGGAGAAAAUAGUUUUAACUGA